UAGACGGACGUGUCUCGCCCGACCCUCCCUCACCCUCUCAAGUGAACGCCAAUCCGAAACUUUUGAUCUUGCUCGCAAGUUCGUGAAAACUGUAGCCAGGAAAAAUGGUGAAUGUGGUCACGCGCGCUGUGGUGGCGGCGGCCGUGCUGGCUGUGGCUGCCACCGGCAUCGAGCUCAUAGAGAACUACUACAAGGGAGAGAAGUAUGAACCCGAAGGUGGGAGUAUUGAGGAACGUUACCCAUACUCCUCUUCCCUCAUCGCCGCCGCCUUCUCCCCCAAAGCCCACGCCCCAGAGGCGCUGCAGGCCCGCAAGAUGUCUGAGGAAGAUGCCGGCGACGUGCCCUUCGCGCAGCUCAUGUACCAGCUGGGUAUGGCGCUCCACGGGACGCCCGCCGCUAACAACCAGCUGGAGGAGGCAGCCAAGGACGGAGAACCACGCAACAUGGACACGGAGACAGACAGGAAAAAGGAGGACCUUCACUACCACUACUACCCCCAUAACCAGCACCUCUUCAACCUCCCGGAGUGUGCCACCCAGCAGGUGUGCAACGCGGUGUACAAGCGCCUCCAGUUCACGCAGCCGCUGUGCCAGUGUCCGCAGGGCAGCGACCCCUGCAGCACCUCCUUCCUCCCCAACGAUGACCGCACCAUCGAGCUCUCUAUGGGCGCCCCCGACGCUAAGGGCUCCUCCUCCUCCUCUCCAAGCACUGAACUCUGGCCAUUCCAGGCGACCACAUUGAUCAAGACGUGCGAGCCGGUGUGGAGCGUGAGGGAGUGCCGCAAGCCCCGCGACUGGUCCAUCCUCGCCCUCCAGAACACACGCACUGGGAAGGCUCACUACCUGGUCAUCUGCAAGUGUCCAGACUCCUCCAAACUCGAGGGUCCCUUGAACCACGACCAGCCCACCUACGCCCAGGUGCCCGGGAUCCGUGUCUACGGCAUGAUGUGUGUCAGCAGGAACUACCGCCGCGUCGGCCGCCAGGUGGCAGAUGAGCGAGAGGCGAGGUUCCCGUGGGAGCGAGUGACGGAGGCGCUGCAGGAGGGGAACCUCUUGCGUGAGCUGACGGAUAAGGAAGAACACAGCGUCCCUUCUACUGUCCAACAAUACUGACGGGUGACUCCCUGUCAGGACUGCCAGGACACGCCAGUACGCAGAGCCACACACACACACACACGACACCCGCUGAACAUGUGACUACGUCCAGAUGUAUCGUGUGUGUGUGUGGGGAUGGUUGUCGACCACCGGUGGAACACUUCAUAAUAUGAGACCUUGAACCACUUUCAGUUUUCUCUUAAUCUUACUUUCCCACUUUUCCUGAGGUGAGACACAGACAGCACAGUACUUGUGGCGCUGUGCUGUUCAUAUCUGGGAACUGUGUUCAUUGGCCGGUAUAGAUGGACAGGUGAACAUUUACCGGUAUAUGUGGGCUGGUGUUCACCUAAACGCACACACAGGUACAUAUUACUUGACCAUUUUGUACACCAACAAACAAACUAGACAAGCAAAAAUACACACAAUUCAUAUUCAAGAUGUGAAUUGUCCUAAAAUCUAAUUAGCAUGAUGUAUGUAUACACACGGUGUAUGAUGGUGGGGCAAUACUAGUCACACGUCAACGUACACAUAAUAUGUUCAUAUGUCUACACGCAGAUAUUAUGUAUAUCUUUAUGCCAGACAUACAGAGCGUAUGAACAUCAAGACACAUGUAUACAUCAAUACAGCGGAGCUUCUAUACACACGAAUCCCGGGGAUGAAGGGGUUUGGGGGGGGGGCGUUAAAUGUAUCUAUUUAGUAGACAUAACUGACAGUUUGUGAUGAUAUCGAUGUUGUAUACAUGAGCAAGUCACGUGUUUUACAGGGCAGACCUCAGCUGGACUGAGGAACUGUGUGUGUGUGUGUGUGUGUGUGUGUGUGUGUGUGUGUGUGUGUGUGUGUGUGUGUGUGUGUGUGUGUGUGUGUGUGUGAGUGUGUGAUUUGGAUCAGGUGGUGAUCGUUGUCCGGCUUUCUGCUUCGCUCUGGCUCCCACACUGUCUUAACCUAUAUUGAAGGUCCAUAAUUCAAGGAAAUAAGAUUUGUUUUAACAGUAGAAAAAUGUGAGUUCACUGGGAAAGUGUUCUCAUUUUGUUUACUUUUGUGUACGAUAUUUCCGGCUCUGAAUAAUAUGAAUUCUCAGUAAUUGUGAUAAAAGUCAGCUGCGAUCUUUAGCAAUUAUGUUUAGGCCAUCUUAUGAAUUUCAUUCAAAAUGACGAGGCUAGUUUUGCAGCACAAAUAUCUAUAUCCUACAAAAGAUAAUAUUUAAAUAAAAAAAUGCAUAAUCAAUUCUAAUAUAGCUCGCAAAAAAGCAUUUACCCGCUCUUAUUCACAAUGUAGCUCCCUUUAACUAGACGAACUGAGAGGUAUUAUAGUGUUAAACACACUUUCCUUGGUAUAGAUCUUCAGUGCUAGUGAACUGAACAUUGGGUCCGCACUUCUCUUGUUGUAGGUGCCUUGAGCGUGUCAGAGGCGGGCCUGGAGAGCUGUGAUCUGUUAUUUUUAUAUACAUUUUACUAGGCUUACUCAAGCAGAUAGCAACAUAUUUUAUCUCCUGUAGUUAAUAAAUAUUUCUUGUAUUGAUUAUUGAGUUGAAUGUACACAAGACACUGUCACAAGACACUGUCACACGACAGUGACUUUCUGCACACAAGUUUCCAAGGCAAGACACCCGAGUAUUUCUCCCUCGUGGGUUUAUUCAUUGCCAAAUGUACAAAGAUGAUAUAAAUAAAAUUAUUCUUUGAGGGCCACGCAUCA